CGUUUGCAUAUUGUAAUAGCCACGCCACAGCUAUGGCCCCAAGGAAAUGGAUCUCGAGGAUUGCACCACGCAGUCUGGCGACAGUGGAGCAAGUGACUAAGCGCACCAACUGCCGCUCGGUUGGCACCCAAACCGAUGUCCUGGCUAAGGGUCCGGCAAAGCGCAAGAAGGUCCAGAACAAGGUCAAGUUUCUGGCUUCGCAGCCACCGCCGUCCCAGUACUUGGCCACCCACCUGAAGCCGGCAGUCAAUCCACAGGCAACUCAAACAAUAAAACGGCGUCCGGAUACAUUCUCAUAUUUUCUCCCCGGUCCUAAUGAGAAGUCUUCACAGGCGGUGGCCGACCGAAUCGCUGACGCAACCGAUCGGGUCAUCACCGCAAGCUCCGGAGAACGGCAGAUAAGCUUCAUGAGGUCUGUGGUGAGCAACCGCCGCGAAGAGGCCAACCAGUGGGAUCGUAACCGUCUGAAAAUUUUGCUGGCCCAGAUCAAUGGCGAUCCACCGCCACGCUGGAACUCGGCCACCCAGUUGUGGCUAGAGGUCGACAUGCUGGAGAAGCGCAUAGAGGCCUACGACCAAGGGGAACUGCCGAAUGUUAAGAAUCGCAAUUUGGACAGGAAGAAGGAUAAGGGGCCGUCAGAUGAAGAGGACCAGCGGAUGACUUUAAAGGGAACGCGCCGUACAUAGACGGAUCACCCUUGGCACCUUUUCAUACUACGAAACUCGAAUAUUUUAUAUUCAAUGGCUAAUCUAUAAAGUCGAACUCGACUUUGAUACAUGCACAUUGCAUUUA